UACACGUGUCGCGCCACAGCAUAUGGCGGUGACGAGAGAAUCUGCAGGCGUAAUCAGGGUAACGAAGCUUGUCUGGAGAUGUAGCACCAAGCUCACGAAUUGCAGUGCUCUGAAAAAGCCUGCAGGUGAUGAUCAGCUCCGACCCCGCACCUGCGCUUCUUGGGUGAAAUCUGCGCCACACUUGCUCGACGUAGCCAUUGAUCAGGCCUGGAACAGCUCCUCAGACGUCAUGCGCACAGGUUCAACAGUUACUGCCUUAACUUUUUGAAGAGCCAUCUCUGUCUCUUGUACCUGACUUUUCAAACUCCAAUUCUUCCUCACCAAUUGCGCUCGAAAUUCUUCUCUCAUCUAACACGGUCGCGCUUAGCUGCAAAGCUUUAGCUACCCCGCCCCACAAUGAGCUCAAAAGCAACCACCGAAAGAAUCGAAGGCGAUGCGCAGGCGCCAACCAAAGCACAGAUCCUAGACAAAGUUUUCUCGCUUGCAACGCAGUUUGGCACCUGUGUUGAAGCUUUCAACCUCAUCCAUCCGUCAAAGGAGAGCGAUCAUGCGCAGAAAGUUGCGCUAGCCAAGCUGGGUGUGCAACAGGGCAGACUGCUUAUCUUUGGCGAUGCGGUUGGCAUCUCAGCCCCACCUGCAACUAUCGCCAGGCACAUGAUCCCAAGCCAUCCUGGACUCACGAACCCCGACCCACAUCUUCCAGUCAACUUUGGCGUCAGGGAUUCUCGUCUAGAAGACGAUCCGACCUACGAGAAAGUCAGGAAAGCACUGAGCGAAAUUGCCGGCCGACCAGGCCAUCUAUCGCGAGAUGAUUUGAUGGAAAAGUAUGGCCUGAAGAGCCCCAAGAGAUUCAACAUGCUUGAGCACCCAGCGUUGGACACAAAUCGGAUGGAGGCCUUUCGUGAAAAGUAUGGACUGCUUCAAGAUCUCGUCCGACAGAGUGGCGCGAGGGCCAACAUCAAACGAAACAUGAGCAUGACGACCACGCACUGGACUGUGAAAGAUACUACGAGAUUCGACGAAUUCGUCAGAGCAGUUCGUAUCGAGGUAGAUGGGCUGAUCAACCUUUUCGGCGUGAAUGAGCAGGUCGACCGAGGCAUGAAGAGUGAUAUUCGUUCCAUGGCAUGGCACCCGGAGCUAUCAGGGCCUGUUGUGCAACAAGAUUGGGAGAAACUACGCCUCAUCCGCGAGGCUUGCGAGAUCGACUACCCACAGUACCUUGAAGUCGCUGACACAGCACUUCAAUACAUCAAUGAUGAGUUGAAAGAGACUUCCCUGGCCAAUCGCCGCGCUUCUCUGGGCAUACCUGCAGGCGGUGCAGCUGGAGCGCGACGGAAGUCAGAUUAUGAGAUACGAGCCCAUCCUGAGGUAACGCAGACCCAAAAGAAGGGCUCGGUUGGCGCAGAAGAAAAGACAGCUAUUCAGCUCGCUGCCGAGAACGUUUUGAAUCCGCCAAAGCCAGUAAGGCGCCCAAGCAACAGCAAAAAGAACAGUUACAAUAGCCAGAAGGAAAAGCGACCCGGUUGGCUCAGCGCUUUCAAGUUCAAGUCCUGGUCAAAGAGCCACAAGCACGAGAAGGAACGAUCGAACAGCCUUCCUGAAGAUCCCGCACGCUCCCUCUCGGUUCCCGAGAACGAGGUUCUCGAUAUAUCCGCCGAGGACGAUGGUUUCCAUGGCCUAGAACCGGUACGCUCUAAGAGUGUUGGAGAGAUCCCAAGUGGCCCGGCACUGGACCUGGAUUCAAGGAUGCAAGAGCUAUCUAUCGACCAUAAAGAGAGCGAACAGCAACAAGGUCCGGCCAUUUCAGUUGACAGCCCGAACAGGGCCACGUUCGACCAGAACGAUCUUGAGCAAAUCAAGACAGUCAGCAGUGACGGUAUGCAAGAUUACGUUGUACCGGCCACUACAGCAAACAGCUAUAUCGACCGCCAUGACAUGUAUCAGGGAAUGGGACGUAUUGAGACGAAGGACAUCAGGAACAUAGCGCACGAGCCAAGAGGUGGCUUCGAGUGAUUGAGGAUUUUAUGAUAAUCUGCGCGGAUACCAAGUCGUUCUAUCCUUGUGCUUCCAGCUGGCCAUAGCAUCUGACAGCUUGUUCUCAUAAUCGUAAUUAGACUCGCCACGCUGGUACCUUCGCUGGCCGCAUUCCCUUGACUGACGAGCUCGCAUUCGAAUUCCGCUGGGGUGCACCAAUCGACAUAGCUGACAUGUGACUAUGCCCAU